GAUAAUCAAUCUCAAUAAUUACUCUAAUUGAGGAUAUAAACAUUAUAUUGAAUGUUGCAUAUAUAUAUAUAUAUAUAAAUACUCUAAUUGUUUGUAUGUGGAGUGCUGCAUUAUUAUAUUAUUCUAAGAGAGAGAGAUAGACAGAUAUAUACGAUGGUUGAAUUAUUCCUUAUUACCGUACUUAGCUUGGGGGGUUUGAUUUUAUAUAUGACGGUGAAAUUGAGCAGGUCCUCCGAUAAGGUGCUUCCUAGGAACUGGCCUGUAGUGGGAAUGAUGCCGGCGCUUCUUAAGAAUGCUCACCGAGUCCACGAAUUCGCGACUGAUGUUCUGAAACACAGCGGAGGGACAUUUGAGUUUAAAGGUCCAGCUGCCUUUGCUAACUUGAGCAUGCUGGCUACCAGCGACCCAGCUAACAUCCACCAUAUCCUCAGCAAAAACUUCUCCAAUUAUCCCAAAGGACCAGAGUUUCGAAAAAUAUUUGAUAUUUUGGGAGAUGGCAUUUUCAAUGUAGAUUUCCAGUUGUGGGAGCUUCACCGUAAAACCACCCUCUCUUUCUUCAAUCAUGCCAAGUUCUACACCUUGUUAGAGUCAAAUGUGUGGCACAAGGUGGAGAAAGGUUUGUUGCCAGUUCUUGAUUGGUUCGCAGAAGAGGGAGCGGAGUUUGAUUUGCAAGACGUUUUCCAGCGCUUCACCUUUGACACCAUCUCUAAGCUUGUCCUAAACCAUGACCCUCAAAGUCUGUGCCUUGGCUUGCCAUAUGUUCCCUGCGAGAAGGCCUUCAAUCAUGUGGUGGACGCCCUUCUUUACAGGCAUAUACUUCCACAAAGCUGCUGGAAGUUACAAAACUGGGUGGGGAUUGGCAAAGAAAAGAAGCUUAUUCAGGCAUACCGCGCUUUCGAUGAAUUCAUAUACUCCGCCAUCAAACGCCUAGAGCUGAAGAUUAAUAACAAUGACGACUCCUCGGACUUGAGCUUGUACACCGCUUACGUCCAAGCAUACAAGCAGCAGGAGCAACUACUCACUGGUUCAUCAGUGAAUAAGUUUGUGAGGGACACUUUGUUGAGUUUAAUGUUUGCAGGGAGAGAUACAACCAGCACAACUCUCACUUGGCUUUUCUACCUGCUUGCCCAAAACCCAUUGGUUCAGGCAAACGUCCGAGACGAGAUUGAAAACAAAUUGAAUCUAAAACAAGAGAUUUUCAAGGUGGAAGAAUGCGGCAAGUUAGUGUAUUUACACGCUGCUCUUUGUGAGUCCCUCAGACUAUUCCCGCCGGUGGCCAUUCAGCACAAGGUGUCGGCUGGGAUGGACGUCCUCCCUAGUGGACAUCUCGUCAACCCCAACACCAGAAUCAUACUCUUAUUUUAUUCAACAGGAAGGAUGGAUUCAAUAUGGGGUGAAGAUUGCAUGGAGUUCAAGCCUGAAAGGUGGAUUUCAGGCAAAGGAAGAAUCAAGCAUGAGCCGUCUUACAAGUUUCCGGCAUUCAAUGCGGGACCCAGGACUUGUUUAGGUAAAGAAAUGUCUUUCGUUCAGAUGAAAAUGAUUGCCGCAAUUAUCCUGCAUCAUUAUGAGUUUCAAGUAGUGGAUUCCCAUUCAGUUUCUCCCAGUGAUUCAAUCAUCAUUCAAGCUAAGCAUGGCUUGAAAGUCAAAUUUACCAAACGUAAUAUGUAAUACAUACAUAACAUACUGCAUAUAUAUGACACGCACUUCAUGUAUGUUCGUUCUGAUCUAUUGUACUAGGCUUCUAUCCCAUGCAAUAAGCUAGCUAGCUUAAAUUUACCAAGCGUGUGCAAUGGCACUUCAAUUAAUAAGACUCUUUUGUUUGUUUGUAAUAUGUAAUUUGUUGAAUUUGAUGAUAUAUAUACUGUAAUUUAAUUUGUUUUGUUUAUUAUAUUGUUCAAUGGAAGAAGCUAAAGUUUGGAUUA